GUGAAAUUAGCACACUGCCCUCUAGCGUUUCUACGAACUUCCGGUGUGCGCCGUCCACCAUUUUGUUUUAUAUCGUUCAAGGGUAUCGUGUACAGAGUGAACCUCAGCCGCAGACGAUCAGCAUGUACCGCUUCGCUAAAGCUGCUCUGAACCUCAGUGGACAAGCCAGCCGCCAGGUUGCUGUGCGACAUUCUUCUUCAGGCGCAUCCCGGGAGUUCCAUGCAAAAUAUGGCAUGCCACUGCUGAUCUCUGGAGCAUUAUUUUGCACUGGAAUCUGGGCCUAUGUGAUCACAUCAACUGGCAUCGCAUGGAAUCUGUCUCCCGUUGGCAAGGUCCAGCCCAAGCCAUGGAGGGAGUAAAGGGAACAUGACGUUUAGGAAUGAUCCUGAAACCUUGUGAACUUUUCCAUUUUGUUAAUGGAUAUGCUUUACACCUAAUUCCUGUUCGUCUGGUGUGUCUGUAAAAAUGUAAUAAAUUAAAUAUAAAUACA